AUGGCGGAUGAACAGAAGGUGUUUAUCCCGCCGAAGCGGGUGAACACAGACUAUCCCGUCAUUGACACAGAUCCACACUGGAGACGAGCUUUUCGAUAUGCAAGAGCUGAGGAUUGGACAUAUGGUGCCGGUAUGGCUGCGGUAGGACCGGCCUUUAUGCUGGUUACCGAACGAUACGCUCCAUCAUUCUCCGGCAGAGGCGCUUUCGGACCCGUCUUCAGACUCAGCUGCGCGGUGGGAUUAUUAGCGGGUGCUGGCUUGGUAUAUCAAAGAAGCUGCUUGAGAUUCUAUGGCUGGACGGAGAAUGAACGAGAAGUCAAGCUGGACAUGAGAGAGAUGGUAGAUAAGGUGAAGAAGGGGGAGCCACUGUACGGAACGACCGACCUCACACCCUACAUGCAAGGUGUUGCUGCGCGAAACAGCAGAUUCAGUGCCCUGAUGGCCAACGUGGUGCCUUGGGCAAACUUUGUGAACCACAAUCAGCAUGGUGUCGACACCGCAAAGUACUAUCAACAAGCUGAGCGAGAGCUCGAGGCGGAGAGAUUAUCGAAAGGCAGCCGGUGA